CAGCAUCAUUGGAUAUCAUUGGUCUUAUGUUGCCAUGGAAGUAGCUGCGACACCAGCAGGGAUUCCAGAGUUCCAGGCGGAGCUCUUGAUACCGUGUGGCAACAAGCUGGGGGAAUGCCCUGUGUGGGAUGACACUCGUGGUGUGCUCAGCUGGAUCGAUAUCCAGGGAAAGGGCCUUUGGCAAUACGAUCCAAGAGGAACUGUGGAAGACUGCAGGAGCUUCACGCUGCCAAGCCGCCCGGGGUCCUUUUGCAUUGCUGAAAGUGGUGAGUACAUCCUGGCCCUGGAGGACGGCCUAUAUUUUUUCGAUCCAUCCACUGGAGAUUUGCGCCGAAUUCCACAGGAGUUCGUCCCAAAGGGCUGCCGCCUCAACGAUGGGCGCGUGGACCCCGAGGGCCGUUUCGUGGUGUCCGGCACGGUGGAGAAGGGGGAGGAGCCCUUGGCAGCGGUCUACCGUUUGAACACGGACUGCUCUGUGGAGAAGCUGCUGGACAAGGUCCGGUGUGGCAAUUCCAUUUGCUUCAGCGACAACGGCAGCAUGUUCUUCGCUGAUCCUGCAUUCCACAGUGAGCACGGCGAUUUUGCCGGUGAAACUGGCAGUGCUAACUGCAUUUGGCAAUUCCCAGACUACCAGACUACAGGACUCAGUGGGCCUUCGCACAUCUUCGUUGAUGCUGGGAGCCGCCCAGACGGCUCCAUCAUCGACGCAGAGGGUGGCCUGUGGAAUGCCGAGUUCGGCACAGGCCGAGUGGUGCGUUACCUGCCGGAUGGCUCCGUCAGUAUGGUAGUCAAGGUGCCAGUUCGCUACACCACCUGUGCAGCGUUUGGCGGAGAGGACAUGCAGACGCUCUACAUCACUGACGCUACGGUCUUUGCACACCAGCGCAUGUCCAAGAAACGUCGGGAAGAGCUUCCCGAAGGUUAUGCCGGAGGCCUGUUCAGCGUUCGCUUACCUGUCAAAGGUCUCCCAGAACGAAAGUUUGCUGGCAGAUUGCAGGGAGAAAAAUGUCAUGCUGCUGCACUGAUUGGCGGGGAACGGCAAGAAAGGAAUCCCACGACCCCACGAGAAGGCUACGGAGGGAAUGAACAGCAUGACUUGCACGUGUAACUAGUUCUCAGCUGACUGAAGCAUCAGUAAGUGUCAGUAGUCAGCGUCAGAAAGGAAUCUUGGGACAAUGCGCCUGGGUGAC